AUGCGCAAGCGUAAGUCUCGUGUCGCAGAAAAGGCCAACGUCGAGAAGCGUCAACAAAGAGAACAGCUCGCGAAGGCGAAUCGCCCACAUAUUAUCCUUGGAAACCGUCCCGACGAUGUAGCCAAGUGGAAGGACUGCGACCUCGCGAAGGUCAUCGUCACGGAAGAGGAUAUUCUCGCCUCCCCGAUACCUCCCAUUGAAACUACUCCGUUCGAUGAGUCACAAUUACCCAAAUACUUCAACUUUGGUGUUGGGGAUCGAGAGAAGGAGCUGCUGUUCGAUACGUUGCCCAGCUUGACGUUGGAGGGCGUAACAAGGAUCAAACAAUCUAGUGGUCGAGUCGAUGUGACGUCCCGUUAUCAGCAAGCAGAGCCUGAAGAGGCUCUUAAGACAAGCACGCUGGCAAGGCUGGUUGACCUUCGCAACGCGAAUGCGCGCGGCAUAGCGUACGAGAACCGCAAGCGGAUCAUUGCCGAAUUCUCAGAAUCCGAAAACCCGAUGGACACUGGCAGACCAGAGGUCCAAGCCGCGCUUCUGACGCUUAGGAUCCGGAAAUUGUGGGAUCACUUGAGCAAGUUUAAGAAGGACAUCGGUAACCGUAGAAGUCUCCGCAGGCUCGUGCACCAGAGGGCACGAAUACUAAGAUAUCUCAAGCAGGUGGAUCGGGAUCGUUACGACCGAGUGCUUGAGCGGAUUGGGUUGGAACCAGAGAGUGUCGAGGGCGAGUUGGUUGUUUGA